AUGGAUUCUCCUUCCAAUCUCUCCAAAUUCCGUAUCCUGUGUCCGUCGGCCAGGACCGGCGCCGUUAUAGGUAAAGGAGGCUCCAGCGUCCGCCACAUUCAGACCGUUACCGGCGCCAAAAUCCGCCUCCUCGACAACCCUCACGGCCACCCUCCCUGCGACGAACGCGUCAUUCUCAUUUCGCAUGUUAAUAAUCCCUUUUCCGGUGCCACCGCCAACAACAGAAACCCUAGGCCAACCGCGGCUGACGAGACUACUGCCGCGAAUGAAAACAGUAAUAGCAGUUCUUCUCAUCCGCCGGACAGUGGCGGCGCCGUUGCUGAUGGGAGUUCCGCUGUUGGCGUCAAAAGCAGUGGCGGAGAGUCCGGUGGUGGAGGGGGAGAUGAAGGGUGGGGUCCGGUGCAGAAAGCGUUGGUUAGGGUAUUUGAGAAGAUUGUGAAAGGGGAUAGUUUGGAGGAGCUGAGUGAAGAAGUGGUGGUCGUGGGUAGGGUUUUGAUUGGGAACGAUCAGGCUGCUCAUCUGUUCGGUAGAGGGGGGAAUGUGCUGGACAAGAUUAUGGCAGAAAGUGGAGCGCACCAAGUCAGGCUUCUCCCUCGUGAGCAGAUACCUCCUUGUGCAUCUCUCGGCGAUGAACUCAUGCUGGUUACCGGAAGCUAUUAUGCUGUAAGAAGAGCACUUCUAGCAUUUUAUAGUUGUCUUGAAGAUAUAAGUAAAGCAGAAGCUGCUAAUCCUGGUAGUGCCAAACAUUCCGGGCACCAUGGGCAUGCAGACUUUUCGCAGCGGGGUUAUGCUGAUUAUCAUUCUAGGGGUCACUCUCCUAAUAUAGGAGCUGAAAACUUUGAUGGCCGUAACGGGAGGGUUGUGGAGGAGGAUGUUGUAUUCAAGUUGUUGUGUCAACCGGAUAAAGUUGGCAGUUUGAUUGGAAAAGGUGGCUCUGUCAUAAAAACUUUGCAGAACGACACUGGUGCGUCUAUCAAAAUUACUGAUGUUCUGCCGGAAUCACAAGAGCGAAUUGUUGUGAUAUCUGCACGAGAGAAUUCAGAGCAAAGACGUUCUCCAGCCCAGGAUGGCGUUAUUCGAGUACAAACCAGAAUUGCUGAGAUUGGAUAUGAACAUGGUGCUCCAGUUGUUGCUCGUCUUAUUGUACACUCUCAGCAGAUAGGACGUUUAUUGGGUAAAGGAGGUCAGAUUAUAUCUGAGAUGAGACACCUUACUGGUGCCCACAUACGCAUAUUUCCUAGGGAUCAAGCUGCCAAGCAUGGAACACCACAUGACGAAAUUGUGCAGGUUAUUGGCAACUUGCAGUGUGUCCAAGAUGCUCUCUAUCAUAUAACAGGCAGACUAAGAGAUAUGAUAUUUCCUCCAGUGAAAUCGUCAUUUUCAAACAGUGGUGGUCCGCCACCUUAUCAGUCCCAGUUCUCUGAUAUGCCUCCUCCUCAAUUUAGACCAAGACCUCAUCCAGCAUCAACAGGUCCUUAUCCUUCUCCUGCCGCAGGUCCUUAUCAUAGCGCUGACCAUCCUGCUGUUCCCCCACAUCAUCAAGAUCACCACUCGUUUCCUUAUGGUGAUGAACGACCUGGGCAUGGUCCUCCAUUUGAAAUUUCUCCCAGAUCAUGGAAUAAUCAACAGCCAUUUAACGGCGGCAAUCCACAUGGAGGUGCUGAUGGGUACGCAGCGAGAAAUGGGCCUCCAGCUAGUGGAGUCCAAGGGCCAGGCGGCCCAGUUGAGAUGGUGAUUCCUCUGAACUUUCUUAGCCAUAUACAUGGAGAGAACAAUAGCAAUUUGAAUCAGAUCAGACAGAUAUCGGGUGCUAGUAUAAUGAUCCAGGAACCAAAGGCAGGAGGAGGUGAUGUUGUGGUCGGGAUAUCCGGGACCUCGCAUCAAAUCCACACAGCUCAGUGUCUUAUCCAUGCCUUCGUUAUGACCGGCCGCUCUGCUGCAGCUUGA